AAGUUCAGCUGGGCCAGUCAGUCAGUGGCGGCUAUACGGCUAUCGUCUAGGUUGGCAGUUCGCAGUCUGCAUUCGAGCGCGUCGUUAUACGGUUGGUGAUAAAAACCGUCCGGAUCGAGCAAAAAGUCGGUUGAAAAUACUUCGGUGCAAGUGCAAAUAAUUGAAAAUGGUGCAAACAGAUACGUGACGAGAAUUUAUUAGUGAGGAAAGGAAAUUGCUGCCGAGUGUGGUUUGGGCUAUUCCGGGUUACAAUUAGUGAUAUGACAGGCCGAAAAUCUGCGUGGAAUUUGCUUAAAUGAAGAAGAAUAGCUGAUACAGUGAGGAAUAAUAGAACAGUGAAAAUUUUUAACUAGAUAAGAAAAAUGGAGGUGUCGCUAUUUAUUGUGAUGUUGGCGAUGAGUGUAGUGCAUGGAGACUACACUUCACAUAUGAAACCAAUGAUCGGUGGCAGCUUCAGUAAAACUCCAAUGUUGCAUACUGGUUGGCCAUUGAAGCACAGCCUUGCAUCGGCGGCACUAAAACCGUACAUGGUACAGUUGCGAAGCGGCAGCCGAUUGGCUCCGGUCGCAGUCCGGCCACUUCCGGGUAUAAUGAUGAGUUUGAAGCGUCCGGUGAAAUCCGUUCUGAGUCCAACAUAUUCCCUACUCAAGGCUCCGCUGAUGAAACGACCAAUUAUGGGAUCACCCCAUACGUCUUACGUGUUGAACCUGAAUUUGAAACACAAACUCAAUGGUUCUCCACCGGUCCCCAAAACGGGAGGCAUAGUUUUCGAGAAAGUUAAACCGCUGGUAUCACAGUCAAGCGGACUUUUGACAUCUCCCAAAGAUGGUGCAAUCCAUACAAUUCCCGCUCCGAAUCUGGCAGGCAGUCACGGAAAUACAGUGCAUCAACUGCAAAUCACUUCAUUAGAUGACAAUAAUCAUUUAGAAAUUGAUAUCCACAAACCGACUAAGCCGGCACUGCCAACCAAGAGCACGUUUGUCCCCAAACCUACAUACGCUGCCAUAUCGACGCCAUCGAUUACAACAUUCCGUCACCAAGCGCCCUAUCUCGCGGGACCAGCGCACCACUAUCAAGUCAAAGAAGAGCACAGCAAUGACGUUACACUGAAUGAUCCUUUUUCCGGAAAGAAAACAUAUUUUGCUCCUGAUCCUGAUCCAUCUCUUCCUAGCAAGUCACUACCACCCACCCAAGAUCCUCUAAGCGAGCCAAGUAACGGGAAAUACCCACCGGGUGAUCUUAUGAUACAGGCUCAAAAUCAAGCCCAGUUUCUAUCACAGUUUAGCACAACGCCUUUGAAGCAGAAACCAUUUUAUGGCAUUGCUACAGCCGCGCCACAACCAGGAUACGGCAUUCCAUUAGCCACGCAACCGCAACUGCAACAGCACAUCCUUCAACAGACUUCGAUGCUACAGGGGAUGCCUUUGUCUUUGUACAAUCCAACUUAUCUCGUGACGCAGUCAAAUAAUCUCUUCAAUAACCACCAGCAGCAACUGCAAACGAAUUUGUUCAAACCGGAGACAAACUUCCUCGGAACAGUACCAGGGCCGCAACCUGCACAAGGAAACGUGUUGUUCAAUUCUUACUCGUACAAACACCCCGAACCAGCAGCUAGCGCGGGUCAAAUUCUGGCCGCAACACAAGAUCAACUGCACGAACUUCAGUCUGCCGUUAGUCAGAUACAGUUGAAUGAUUUACAGCAGCAACAGUCGCAUGAUGUUCCAACCUACGCCCAACUUGUUGGACACGAAAAAUUUGAACUGCACCAGCAGCAAAUUCCUCAGCAGAGCCAACUUGAACAGCAAUUACAGCAGCAACUUAUUGAACAACAAGAGAAGGCCUCACAACAUCAGCUCACCGAAUCUGAGAUUGCAAAUCUACUGAACUAUGGUACCAUUAACCUGCACAAUCAUUUAUCACCUAACGACUACUACCACUACCAGGUUGAUCAAGAGCAGCAGAACUCUUUCCAUCCUCAACUCCAGCAGUCUCAGCAAAAGCAGCCAUUGUCAUUCUAUGAGCUAUCCGAACGUCAGCGAGAAAACGAGAAAAUCCUAGCCCAAGCCCAACAAGAUCUCUUCCAACAGCAGCAGCAGCAUCAACAUCCUUAUCAACAGCAACAAACCGAGUCAUCACAGUCACCACAAACUACUGACUACCUGCUUGCAUUCCAGGAGCACCAGCAGGCGGUCGCAAACGCUCUGGGACUGGGCAGCGACGCUCAGAACAGUAAGAGAGCGACCGCCGAGACCGCCGAAAGUUCCACAAGUCCUCUUCGGAUAUUCGUACCGGACAGCGAGAGUGACUAUCCCAAUAGUGUCAAAGCCCAAAAGCGUAUGGAUGAGCUGAACUACGAAUAUGCGGAAGACGACGAGGUGGCCAAUCUGUAUAACACGGAACCGAACGUCAAGCAGGAUAGCAUCAGCCGAUUGGAUGCCGAUCAGCUGGAAGAAGUGCCUGUUGGUGAGGACAAUACUAGUACCAUAAGUGCAGAACUGGGCAAUACCGAUGAUGAAAGUGAGAUUUAUCGGCAAUAUAGCAAUCAUCGGCUAGAUUAAUAUCCUUCAGUUUCCAGAAAGCUUCUUGUUUUCUGCGGUGCUAAAUAAUAUGCAUUAAAAAUGCAUAAUAAAACUCAGCUGGUAAAGUUGGUAAUUAGUACUAUUCGUAAGACAGAUUUACAAUACUGACCAUCGCCACUAUUAGAGCUUAUUACUUCAUCGUUUCCAGUCGAUCUACUUUCAAAUAAAUAAAGCGAUGAUUGAAAGGUAGUACUAAAUACCAGUGUCUCAAGUGCAAAGUAAGUUUGUCUCCAAUCUCUGGUUACCAACUCCUGUUCUAUAGCUGUAGCUCGUGGCCAAUGAAUUAAUUUAUUUUAUUUAUUGAUUGAUAUACUACUGAAAAAGUUUUUAAACUAAAUUAUUUUCAAUAAAAAACUCAAAAACCAU